AUGUCGUCAUUGCUGCAAGCAUAUCCAAAAGGAUUCCAAGUGACUUCCUUGACGCCAUUGCAACCUAAUUUUUUACAUAUUUUCAAGAUUCAACCUAGAGCUCCAAGGACCCCUUCUUCUUAUUAUAAACCUCCAUGCCUCUUCAUGUCUUUCCCAACUUCAUCCAAUCACAAACAGCUAAAAAUGGAGAACCCAAUAUGGAAAAACCCUCAUUUCUUCCCUCUCCUUUUAACAUGCACCUUCUUCUUAUUUCCUUUACAACCCUCACUUUCAGCCGGUUUACAAGAUGAUUACAUCCGACAGCCGCCCCGAAAAGUCGUCGUCGCUCCCCACCUCCGAUCCAAAUCCGACCCUCAGCAGGUACAUGCUUCUCUUGCAGGCAAAGAAUACAUGAGAAUCAGUUGGGUUACAGAUGAGAAAGACGUGGCGUCGAAGGUCGAAUAUGGGAAGGUCUCAGGGAAAUAUGAGGCAAUGGCUGUAGGAAACCAUACCUCAUAUCAUUACUUCUUUUACAGUUCCGGGAAGAUACAUCAUGUUAAAAUUGGACCCUUGGAGCCAGCAACCACUUAUUACUAUAGGUGUGGUGGUCAUGGCCCUGAAUUUUCAUUCAAGACACCUCCACAAACUUUUCCCAUUGAAUUUGUUGUGGUUGGUGAUCUUGGACAAACAGAAUGGACUGCCUCAACUCUAUCGCAUGUCGACAGCAAGGACUAUGAUGUGUUCUUAUUACCAGGUGACCUAUCUUAUGCGGACACACAACAACCACUAUGGGACUCAUUUGGCCGUCUGGUGGAGCCCUACGCUAGCCGCCGCCCAUGGAUGGUGACGGAAGGGAACCAUGAGAUUGAAACUUUCCCAAUAAUUUAUCCUCAUGGUUUCAAAGCCUACAAUGCCCGUUGGCUAAUGCCAUACCAAGAAAGUGGGUCGACCUCAAAUCUCUAUUAUUCCUUCGAUGCUGCCGGUUCCCAUAUCAUAAUGUUAGGCUCUUACACGGAUUUUGACGAGGAUUCAGCUCAAUACAAGUGGCUUGAAUCUGAUUUGCGUAAGGUUGAUAGGAAAAAGACGCCAUGGGUUAUUGCGCUAUUGCAUGCACCAUGGUAUAACACUAAUUUGGCUCAUAAAGGAGAAGGGGAAAGCAUGAGAAAAGCUAUGGAAGAUUUGUUGUAUAGGGCACGAGUUGAUGUGGUUUUUGCAGGCCAUGUUCAUGCAUAUGAACGAUUUACUAGGAUUUAUAACAACAAAGCUGAUCCAUGUGGGCCUGUAUAUAUAACCAUUGGUGACGGAGGAAACCGAGAAGGACUUGCAUUAAUGUUUGAGAAUCCAACACCAGAAGUUUCGGUUUAUAGGGAACCAAGCUUUGGGCAUGGUCGGCUAAGGGUGGUAGACGAAAGUCGAGCACAUUGGUCGUGGCAUCGCAACAAUGAUUCUGAUCCAUUCGUGGCCGAUGAGGUUUGGCUACAAAGUUUAACCACAACCAAAUCAUGUUGGCACAAUACCGCAAAUACAGAUGGCUCAAAGUCAAAGGUUAACAAAGUCGAACUAUAAAAAUACAUAUGAAAAUGUCUUUUAAUUUCUCAAAAUGCUACAAUUUAGUUAUUUUUCGUUUCUUUUGUAAGGUAACAAAAUGUAUUCAAUUAUCAUGUUUUGUACUUCCAGUAGUGGGCUGUUUUGUGAUGGCUAAAAUAACGAGUAAAGUGACUUAUAAUUUUCCUCCA